UCCAAUCCCGCUACAUUUGACCAUAUCGAAGACGUGGCUGACUUACGGUAUCUAAACGAAUGCAGCCUUACGCAUACACUGAUUCAACGUUUCGGUUCUGGUCAAGUAUGCACAUACGCUUCUGGUUCGUACUUACUAACGAUCAAUCCGAUGACUCGUCUGAACAUCUACUCGGAGGCGGUGAUGGACUUGUUUUCUGGCUGUCAAAACCGACGCGACAUGCCUCCGCACAUAUUUUCCAUUGCUCAGUUAGCGCUAGCCCGCCUCAACCGUUCUGCCGCCAUCGCUGCAACACAUUCGCACGCUGCUUCCAAGGGCGCAGUCAACGGCUAUUCGGCCCAAACGGGGACUUCAACCUGCAGCGGGUUUCCAGAGUCCGUGUUCCGUCAAGCCAUCUGUUUUUCAGGCAGAUCUGGCUCGGGGAAAUCGAGAGCCUCGUUGGAUCUAAUGUCUUAUUUGCUCAACCAAUCUAAUCGGGUUAUGGCAGCGAAUUUCCAAACAGAUGGACAAAUUCCGCUUAAUUUUACUCGUCCUCGGAUAACCGCUGAACGACUACGAGCGCUUUUCUCUUUGUUGGAUGCAUUCACCAGUUCCCGCAUUUUACUCAACACCAACGCCAGUAGAACCAUCCGCCUGUUCUCAGUCGAGUUUACUGAUAUCAAGUCGACCGCGAACAACGCCUCAUCUGGAGACUCGCGCUUAGUCAUAUCCGGCCUAACCACUCGAUUGCUAUUGUUCGAUCGAACACGCGUCACGGAACGUCCCGAAGGCGAGCCCAACUUCCACAUUUUCUACUACUUCCUAGCUGGUUUGGAUUCCACAUCCAGGCGAGAAUUGUUCCUCACCGAUCUGGAUGAACCCAACUUGUUCAUGACCAAGCUUCACCGAACUGAAGACAAGGAGGCCGCACAACACCAGUGGUCUCAGCUAUGUACAGAUGCUCAGCUUCUUGAUUUUGAUCUGGAGAAAGAAUGGCUGACCGGUGGGAUUAGUCGACUUUUGGCGGUAAUCUACCAUUUGGGAUGUGCUGGUUGUGUCGACAACAAACAGUCAUGCAACAGCGUAUGCGCGAAUGACCCAGAGUGUCCACCACACAUCCCCGGGUUCCUGAAUCUAGAAUCGGCACAUCGUGCAGCCUACCUAUUAGGAUGCCCACUGGAUUACCUGACUACAGCCGUGUUCGGUAUCCCGGAACAGGCUGGUCGCACGGCGAUGGAUAGUCUUCGGGCUUUUAUCCAGGGUCUCUAUCAGACCACCGUGGAUAUCCUCCUCAUGCUAAUCAACCGAUGCCUCUCUUCCGAGUCUUCAGCAUCCCACAAUCGAACAACUUCGACUCGAGUUUGUGCUCAGUUGGUGAUUUGUGAUCCGCCAGGCUUACAAGCUCCCUCGCCUAACCCUCGAUGUGGUCCCUUAACUUCACCCGCUUUGGGUAGCUAUGCCGACUUGUUGAUCAAUUACGCCAAUGAGCGUCUUGCUGCGUUGUCUCACCAGACUGGUGUGGAGCUGUGCAAGUCAAUGAUGAGGGCGGAUGGACUCACAGUUCCUGAUGACGCCGAAGCUGAAGACAAACCGAUGGAUAUUGUGGGCACGCUCGACGGCUCCCCAGCUGCAGACAGUCCCUCUAGUCGUGGCAUUUUCUGGCUCAUUGAAGACGCUGCUCCAACGGACAAUGUGAAGGGACUGCUAGAAAAACUGGAAGAACUCUAUCAGAAGGAGAGAAAUUUGACAAAAAACAGAGAUUUGCGUUCGAUUCGUCGCUGUCGACGUUCCGGUUCAUUCAUCCUCAACCACAGCUUGUCAACUUUCCCUGUCGAGUACGGUGUGGACACUCGCUGGCUUACAAACUGUUAUCUUUGCCCAGCUGUGCUAAAUGCCUACCAAUUGCUACGACGACAUGGGCCAUCGUCCAUUGUACGUUUGGCUUCCCUUCUCCAGUUCCAACGUGAUUAUUUGGGUGAUGCGAAACCAACAUGGACCGAGCAUGUGAGCGUCUUUGUGGACGCAAAACAGCAGUUGGACUUCUUGACCAAACUGCUCCACGCGUGUGCUACGAAAAACGUAAGUCCCAAUCCCCAUCUACCCGAUUCCGGUUUCAAUGACGGUGGUUCUCCUUCCGGUCUUCACUGGAUUCAUUGCCUCCUACCCGUAAUCAAUGCGGGACUCUGUCAACUAUCAUCCGAAGGAGACGGGCCACUUUCCUCUGGUCGCAUUAGUUAUGACACAACUUCCAAACCUUCGCUUCUUCCGAGUCCGGCACGAAUCUGCGUGAACCUCAUUCGGGCUCAGUUGCGUGGGUUAAAUUUGACAUCGCUUCUACGGGAAGUUCGAAAAAUUUAUCCAGAUCGUCUCUCUUUGGGGAAAUUCGGUCGUCGGUACGCGUCAUUGGUCACCGAACUCGCAUCCACCCAACUUUCUGCUGAACAGUUUGCAAAGGCGAUCUUGUCAGCCCUCCACUAUGCACCACAUUUUUAUGCAGUAGGCAAGCAACAGAUUUUUUUGCAAUCUUUCAUCCUCCCUCAAUUGGAACUUCGUAAACGAUUACAAACAUCUGCGAAGAGUAAAACAGUGGAAACGACCGGCGCAAACUUAAAACAGAGCGGCGCAAGUUGUCCAGCUCCGCAAGCGUUCAAGGAUGUAUCCCAGGAUCGUGAGGAAUUGACAACGAAUGUAAUGUCGAACAGGCAAGAUGCUGAUUCGAAGAUAGUCCUCGUUUCAAGUCCUCAAGUCACGGCCCCAAGCAAUUUUAAAGAAACCACUGAGACGGGUUUACCAAGUCCCAAACAGCGGCAAAAUAUGAAUGUAAACGGUUCGUUUGAUGCGCAGCACUAUAUCGAAAUGGCUUCCAAAGUUGAACAAACAAACCAGGCGCUGAUGGAAAGCUAUGCCGAAAUCGAGCGUCUCAACAAUCGAUUGUUCGAGGCACACUCUGAGGUCGACAAAUUGCAUGGGCAAUGUCACGACGCUGAGAACCGCGCACUGGAGGCCAAGCAACGUGCAGACGCUGCGAUUUUCGAGGUCGGACGGACUCAACAACCACCGCUUGUAAUUGACAGCCAAUAUCUUAGGGGUACUGGUGAUUCCCAGUCUGUCGCUGCGUUAGAAAACGAAGUGAAUUCCCUUCGAUCCCAAUUGGCCCAAUCCAAAGCGAAGCAGAAGGAACUAGAAACAGCCCUAUUGGACGCCCGAACACAACUCGACGCCACUAACUGCACUGACUCACCGACUUUGAUAACUGAACUGAACGAACUGCGGAAGUCGCGGCAAGAUCUGAUAAACCAAGUGGCCACACUGCAGUCAGAAUUGGAAGAGGCCAAAGAAGAUAUUGCGUGCACUAAACGUGAACAUAGUCGUUUGGAACAGGAUCUUGAACGAGUCCAGGCUGAGUCCUACAGAAUAAUGGAGGAAAGAGACUCGGAGUUCGAAUCACUUCGCAAGCUCAAUCAGGCCAAGACCGAAGAACUGGAGAGACAGUUAGAUUCGAUGUUAAAUGAGGCUAGCAAAGCUACCCAAGAGCGUAUGCGGUUACAACAUGACCUUGAGGCAGCUAGAGAUAAACGCAAGUUACGUGCCGAAUUGCAGCGGUAUGAAGACUUACUCUCUGAGAAGCAGGCCGUCUUAGAACAGCUGUUGCAACAACCGUCAGCGGACCCGAGAACAACGAAGCAACUGCGCGAUCGUGUUGACGAAUUGGAAGAACUCAAUGAAAAACUUACUCGUCAAAACCGUGCUCUGCAGGUACAACUGGAUGAAUUGCAAAAUCAACUAAGUGGUCUCCAAACAAGCAAGGAAAAACUGGAAAACGAGAUUUUCUCACUGAAUCGAGAGGUGAUCGAUCUCGCUGGCCAGGUUGAAGAGCAAAAAGAAAUCACCAAAGAAGCACAGCGACAACAUCACGCUGCAGUCACCGCUCGACAGGUGGAUGCAACCACGUUGCGGGAACAAACGCGGGAAAUCAAUGAGCUUCUGGCCGAACGAGAUCAACUACGGACCGAGGUCCAUGAGCUUCAGUCCAAGUUGAGUCCAGCUGACGCUGAACUGAAUUCACGUGUCACUGUGGAUCGUUUGGAAGCGAAAAUUCGUGAAUUAGAACAAAGGUUGGAAGCAGAGGUCGUCGGUAAAUCCCGGUUACAGACGGCUCUUGAUCGCUCUCGAGAGGCAGUUGAGAAAAUCACCUUUGAGCGGGAUCGUUUACUGGAAUCUGAAAAAGCCGAAAAGGAACAAAAUCGAAAGAUUUUGCGACAGCUUCGUCAGGCUCAACAAGCACACGAUGAGACAGCUCGUCGUGUGCAGCUGGCACAACGGCGUGCAGAUGACGCACUCUCUCAGGCUGAUUUGGCAAUCAAGCAGGCCGACUCUUCUCGGACGCAGUUAGAUGCUAUGGCCAAGCGAACGCAAGAGCUAGAGGCGUGGAUCAAUCGAAAACAGCUAUGUGAUUCGGACGACGAAAGUUUUCCGUCCUUUUUUAUUUCCGACCUAUUCCUUGGAAUGCAACUCUCUGCAGGAGGGCCAACCCAACGACACCCUGCUUACAUCUGUGAACCUCUAAUCUCUCACCUUGUCAAUGCGUCAUUUUCUCGGCUAACCGCAACCCUCAUCAUUCAUUCGCAGUAUUCGCAUCAUCUUCAUUCGACAGUGCUUGCUUGCGGUUGCAAAGGAAGCAGUCCUAUUUUCUAUUCGCUCGUACAAUGCAAACGCGGUCCAUUGGUCCGUUCACGUAGCCUCGUAUUUGAGCGAGCAAGACACCUACAUCCACAUUCGAAUCAAAUUCAAAAGCUUAUUUUCCGCCGUAUCCCGCGUACUGUCGCAAAAAAAGCCCAACCGUCAGCCCAGCCUGAACCGUAUGACCCAGUCGAGGCACAACACACUUCAAAUAGUUCGAUAUCCUCAGUCAAUGUAGCCGUCACCCUGCGCCCCCGUUCGGCCUCUCGUGAUGCACGUAGCGUGAACUCUGGAUCCACUCUGACCGAUAUCACGUCCAAGCUGGAUACCCUAACUGCUAAUAGUGAUGACACGGUGAUUGAAGAAUAUUCCCCAACCAACUGUCCGACGAUCGAAUCUACUGACUCUGAGGCAUCAAACUACCUAUCGAAGAUAGAUUUAUCUCACAAUACUAUUCAGCCUGCUGACAAAGACGAUCCGGAUAAGGAAGUUACCACCCAGCCUCCUGCCCUUGGAACUUUCGUACGUAGUUCAGUACGUUUGCAUCGUGAAAACCCGCCUAACAUCACCGCUGUCAUACCUGAGCCACGUUCGCCAGCAGAUUCCCGUGUGAUCAGCGAUCGAGCACCCGUGGUCAUGGUCUACGAAUCCACAGUCAAUAUUCCCACGCAUCUUCCCAGAGAAAAUAGCCAGAUGACGCCUGUUGUUCCUUGUAGAAGGUCAUCACGGGAACACUUCGCCCCCUUGUCUUCAUCGUGAUCCAAACUUGUCUUCCCUCUCGGAUUAUUCCCUAUACUCCACUGAUUUUUGCCUACCUUCCGUCUUUUCUGUGGAUUUGUACAGACUGUCUUACAGGACUUCAAUUGGAAGUUCAAGCAGACUUGACUCAUUCAUCGUAUUUUGUUGCUUGCUGUUCGACCCACGUUGGCCGCUUUACCGUUCUUGUUGACUUAUUAACUUCUGUGCUUCACCUUUCACACACGCACACACACCCUUGACGGGUUAUGUCAGAGAACGCUUUCUUGCUGUUUCUGGUUAUUUUUUCUUAUUACUUAUCGGCUAAUCUUCCCAUAGGUGAAAUAAACCUUCAGGGUAUUUGUGUUUGGAUUUUGUAUCCGGUUCAGUUAUAAAGUACCCUCCUCUACAACGAUGACCAGACUACCAUAAUACUUUUCGC